UGUUUCCUGUCUACAGUGUCUGUGUAAUGUAGAUAAAUGUGAGGAUUUUCUCUAAAUCCCUCUUCUGUUUGCUAAAUCUCACUGUCACUGCUAAAAUCAGAGCAGAUAGAGCCUGCGCAAUGGAAUAAAGUCCUCAAUAUUGAAAUGUGACAUUGCUCUCAACAUCUCACAUCUCUCUGGAUUUCUUUUUUCUCAUCAUUACUGCUAACAAAUUCAUUUCCAGACUUUGCACUUUCAAGAAGCAAUGGAAAAAAUCAACAGUCUUUCAACACAAUUAGUUAAGUGCUGCUUGUGUGAUUUCUUGAAGGUGAAGAUGCACACUGUGUCCUACAUCCAUUUCUUCUACCUUGGCCUGUGUUUGCUUACCUUAACCAGUUCUGUUGCUGCUGGCCCAGAAACACUCUGUGGUGCUGAGCUGGUUGAUGCUCUUCAGUUCGUGUGUGGAGACAGAGGCUUUUACUUCAGCAAGCCCACGGGGUAUGGAUCCAGCAGUAGACGCUUACACCACAAGGGAAUAGUGGAUGAAUGCUGCUUCCAGAGCUGUGACCUGAGGAGGCUGGAGAUGUAUUGUGCUCCAAUAAAACCGCCCAAAUCCGCGCGGUCCGUACGCGCCCAGCGCCACACCGACAUGCCAAAAGCACAAAAGGAAGUGCAUUUGAAGAACACAAGUAGAGGGAACACAGGAAACAGAAACUACAGAAUGUAAGAACAUGCCAUCCACAAGAAUGAAGAAUGAAUGUGCCAUCUGCAGGAUACUUUGCUGUAAAUAAAUUAUUUGUUAAACAUUGGAAGACUUAAAAAAAACCUUUGUUUUAAAAAGCUUGAUGCAAUUUCAACCAAUGGGCAUUCUCCCAGUGAACAAUACAACUAAACAUUCCAAUAUUAAGUCUUUAGAGAACAGAACAUUUUAACCAGACCAGAGCUAAAAAAUUCUGUGGUUGAUACAUUGCUGUUUGUUAACCUGUUUUAAAUGUCCUGCACGAAAACUCUUAAAGUCCUGUGCCCCUCAAAAGCCUACAAAUUUUGGGCCUUUGAUGGAUCCAAUUGCACUAAAUUAACCUAUGAACACUGGCUGCUGGAGUCAUUCAUCAGCCUUGUCUAAGUGGUGGUUUUUUUUAUUUGCACUUCUUUACAAGCAACAGGCUGUUUGUUUUACAGUGUCUGAAAACAUUGUUUGUCUACCCCUUCAUAUUUGCACAGUUUGACAUUCCCAGUAACAGCAGCAGUAAGGUAACAUAUACAGUUUUAAACAUCCAUUAAUUCCAUCUGUGGCAUUUCGACAAAAUAUGGGUUAUAGAUGCAUUUGUUUCAAGACAGUUUUAUUCUUCCUUCUCUUGCAAACAUGCAAAAUUUUUUUUGCAAUUUGUGAGACAAAAGAUUUUUAAAAGCAGUUAAAGCAUACAUAGGCUCUUGAACCAGUAAUGAUUCUUCCAGGUAAUUAUUUUGUAACAGUAUAGGUAACUUCUUUCUUCCUCCAUAUAAUGCAGUAUGUAAAAUUUAGCAUAUCAACAAUACACAUAUAUCAAACAGUAUGUAAAAAAUCUCUGUUUUAUAGUACAACGGUGCUAUUUUAUAGUUUGUUACAUGAAAGGGUCUGGCCAAAACGGUAAUAGGUAAAAGCAAAUAUGGAAAGACCAAGCCAAAGAUUAAAUGAUAAAUUACUUUCAAAAAUAUUCAGCUUAAAUCAAUUGAAAUGGCUUCAGAUUUCAACAUGAAAAUAACUUUACCAUCUUCAAAUCAAAAUACUUGUUUGCUCUUAGAUACUUGAAGGGUGGUGUUUUGAUAUCUGAUUAUGUGGAACUCAAACUCAUGUGUAGGCCCAAAGAUAAUUGGAAAAAUAAUUUGAAAAACAAGUGACUUCAAAGAGGAGUCCCCCAGAGCCUAAAUAUUGCUGAAAUAUCAGCAUUCUGUUCAAUCAUAAAGGGGUACUCAAGCCCCACUCCAUUUAAAUUCCUCCCACAAUCAGAUGUGGUUUACCUGACUGUGAGUUGGGGUGCAUCUCUCUGUAAAUCAGAAAAGCUGGUCUAAUCACCAAAUUACCAGUGUAGAAUGAGUCCUUGAGGAGAGAUUAACCAUAACAUCCUUACACCCUCACUUACAAGUGCCAUUCCUGUGCUCUUGUGGGAGUCAGAGAUGCCCAGAUAAUCCCUGCCAUGUAACUCUGAUAGGCCCUGCAGUGGUUCUUCCUUGAAUAACACCUCUGCUGCAGUUUUGUAAAUCAGCCCAGUGUAGACUGGCCAAGCAGUGAAGGGGAUAAGCAGCCAACAGUGUCCCAAGGUGAGCAUUAAACCUGUCUGUGAGAGAAGGGAAGGCAGAGGAAGAGGGAGGGAGGAGGAAGGCACUGUUCCACCCUGUCCAAGAACUCUGAUGUGGUCCCAUUCAACUUUUUCACCUCACCAUGCUGCAUGUGGUAGGCUCAGGCAAGGGAUGAAGCAUUUCUUGGUCAGCUCCAAAGAGGGCCUGGAAAACAGUGUAUGAAGGGAGCAGUUAGGGAGGUGGCAGAUUAGAUCUGUAAAGGAAUAAUCUCCUUCUGAAGGCUGCUCAAAUUUGCCUUACUUUCUACUGCAGUAUCCCUUCUGGGGAAGGAAGGGUUCUAAAAGCAAAAGAGGGAGUGGAUAACUAUUGACUUAAACACAAGAGAAGGUUCUCUCUAGACUGCAUAUGUACAGGUCCUCAAUAGUCCCUUGUGAAACAAGCAGGAAAGGUCAUAAAAGUCUAACAAAUUAUUGUAGUUCCUUUUCUAUUCCCAUAGAAAAUUUGUGGUUUGUAUUUUUAACAAGUGCAAUGUAUUCCUAUACAGCUCUUUAAACCCUCUGCUUUCUGUGAGAUGGAUGUCUAUAUGCACAAUAAGCUGACAUAGCAAUGUAAAAGUAGAACAGUAAAUGAAUAAAAAGAAUAUGUCACAGCUCUCACUGACUGAGAUAGUUAUGUUCAAAAAGGAAGAAAGUAAAGAGAAACAGAUGGGGAAACUAACCUAAAUUAUUUACCACCAAUUCAAUAAAUAGAGUUAGCAAUUCUGAUAUCUGUCACAGCUCCUACAGGCCUUUUUUUGGCAGGGGGGAUGGAGAGGGAAGGACUUUUACUUCAGUGGCUGUAAGAAUUCUGCAACGCAGUCUAAGAACAAGCCAUUAUUUUGAUGUCACAGACAGAAUACAUAUUUCCAUUUCAAGCCCCUGACCGUUUCUGUCCCCUGUCUCUUCUGAAGUUCUAAGGGGAAGAGGGAAGAAAGGUGUGAGGGUAAGAAGCAAUUUGAGAUAUCUGUGGCAGGAAGUUUCUUUGUAGAUAACUUUUUUAUUGAUGUGCUUUUAACUGACUAACUAUACAUCAUUUGGCAUCAAUUCCUGCAAAUUAAUUCAAAUUUUCGGUCUUAUCUUGGGAUUCACACACUCACAUUCAUGCCACCAUAUUUCUCGCGUUGAAAAACCAUAAUUAGAAAAUGUCACUCAGAGACAGCAAUAUUUAUCACCAUUUGACAACUGUCUAAACAAAUUGGAACAAUUCUUGAAAGCAACUAAAAUAAAUACUGAAUAGCUGCAAACUUCAAAGGCAACACUUUGCUUUACUAGAGAAUAAAUGAUAUCACAAAAUGGGAAGUAGCUCCAGCCCCACAGAGGUGAGAAAUGCAUGGGUGAGGAAGGCACUUUGUAUAAGAAAUCUACAAUCAUAUGGCAGAGAGCACAUGGUAAACCAGUUAGUUUGAAAGAUAAAGGGCUGCAUUAGCUUAGUAAUCACAAUAAAUCCACUACUUAAAGAAGUUGAAGCAUGAGCCAAAGCAUCUCCCUCCCAAAAGUACAAAGCAGUCUGUCUUGAGAAAAUUCUAAUUACAGAAAUUGAAAGCUUUAGCUGGAUUUUUAAAAGCACUCCAGAUAUUUAGAAAUAGGGCUCUCACCAGAUGCUAUUGAUUCUCAUAAAUCACUGAAGUGGUAAACAAAAGCCAAUUUCUCAUCCUUCCCUAUUGUGUAAGUCACAUGACAGAGAUCACAGAUCUCUGCUUUCUAGAAUAGACUUAAAAUUCCAACUAUUACACAGAAUUUCACUGAAAUGCAUAAUUUAAAAAGUGAAUUAAGCCUCAUUAUUUUCAGUCAGUCCAAAAAGCAUUGCAGAUCUAAAUCCACUUCAGAUAUUAUCUCUCACCAAGGUAGCAAAAUUUAAGUCUCAUCUCCAUAGUAAACAAUAUUAGUCAUUAAGAGUUUAAAUGGAAAAUCAAUAAAUUCAUUAUUUUGCUCAAAAUGUAGUUAUAAACCCACAUUUCCAUGAAGGACUUGUAUGAGCUUAUUUACACCAUUCAGCUAAGAGAGACAGAAAAUCAAAGCCUGGGAUGUUGCAUCCAGUCCUGGUAGAUACAUGAAAAUGGCCCCCUUUUUUUCCCAAGGCAGCUUACCCUGCUGAUCCCUUUGGUAAGACUGAAGGACGAAUUAGUGGCAAGCUUUGUUUACAGAAGUGAAUUCCACACACAGCUAGGAGCCAUGCUCAGUUGCCCCUGAGCUCCUUGUUCUCUCAGUACCAAUGGUUAGAGCUGAUUAAUGAAGACUUCAGGCCAAGCACUGUGUCUUCUUGGCUCUCCAUUCAGCAAGCAAGUGCAUGAUAUGACAAGAUCAGAAAAGUGUAUUUGCAUAUUUGCUUUACCUGUUACUGAUUUGGCCAACAAUGCCAAAGUGGUGCUAUUGUUUUGUUUAAGAAAGUACUUGACUAAAAUAUAAAAGAAAGCAUAAAUAUUUUUUUAAUGUAUGAAAAUGACAAUUACAUAGGUAUGAUUAUUAAAAUAGAAAUAAAACUAGCCAUAACUUUUCAACUUUUUGUCACUCAAAAUACAGCAAAGUAAUCUUGUAUCAAUGCAGGUGGGGCAGGAAUAAGAGUCAAAGUACCACAAAAAUUCAUAGACUUUAAAUGAAAUUCUGAAUCCUUAUUCCAAGCCAGAAAUUCACAUGAAGAAAAGUGUUAGAAGUCAGGGAAAUGAAAGCCUUGAUGUGACUGAAAGCUUUUCAGAUUGUGCGGGUCUAUACUGUACCAGAGAUUUUUAAGCCACCUCUAGUCUGAAAUCAGUGUAGAGUUUGGCUUGGUCAGUGGCAUGAUAUGAUUGAGAUUUUCACUGUGCACACAUUUUUACUUUUACCUGAUUACUUGCUUACUCAUGGCACAUAAUUGAAAACAAUGUUCUUAAAACCUACAAAAGAUUCAAGCACAUCUGAAUUUAACAAGGAAUGAAAAAAAUUAUUCCUAUCAGGAAAUUGUUGGUUUUUUUAAGUCUCACCAGUUCCAAAUUGUGAGAAAAAGUUGAAAUAUAUGGCUAAGAGUCUGUGAAUUGUUUUUCUUUUAUUACUUUAUGUGGUCACUAUGAACAACCUUAUGUGCAAAAUUUCACAUUUCAUUUUUUUGUUUUGAAAUUAUCCUAAGUUAAGCCCAAAAAGAGAUUCUUGGAACCUAUAGGCCAAAAAGAAUACUUAUGUUGUUCUGAUGAAGGUAUAAUCAAUAUAUUUUAAAUGCUUUAUUUUUAGUCUGAAAAGGAAUAGUAAUAAUUUAUUUGGGAGGGUCUACUUAUACUGGUCCCUCUUUUUAGGAUACUGGUCAGUGGAAUUUAGUCUUCCAAACACCCAGCUUCUAAUCAAAACCAACGUUUUUCCUUCCUCCUGCUCUGCCCAGCAAACUUAGUUAAAAGACUAUUGCAACAUAAUUUUAUUGUUUGUCUGUUUGUUUGGGAGGGUUGUUUUGCUUUGAUUCACUUUGUUUUGAUUCUGGGGUUAAGGGUAAAGAGGAGGAGAUGAGUGAUAUUUUUUUCUCUUGGGUACAAUCCGCAUAAAAUAAAGAAUUUUUCUUAAUGAGA